ACCAUAAAAGAGAUGAUUAGAUGAUAAGAUUACCGUUUUUUUAUAUAAGAUCUAUCAUUUCAAUGUUAUUCAAAUUAAUCAACCAAGAGUUUAGAAAAGAGCAAUAAGUUUCGGAAAAUUAAACUAAAUAAUGGCACCACCAUUUCCAGAACAAGAUGAUGAAACUAUUGUACCAUUGGGUCAAUAUUUAUUUGGUGAUCAAAUCGAUGAUAGUUUUCGUGAUAAAAUCUUUCUGACAGAAGGUAAAACUGGAAAACAAAUAACCUAUGGUCAAUUGGAACAACAGGCACAGUCAUUAGCGAAAUCAAUGUUAUCACUGUUGGGUAUUGAACCAGAUGAUAUAUGUGCAAUAAUGGGUGAUAGUUCUAUCCAAUAUGUGACCAUUAUUAGUGCUUGUUUGCUAUUGAAUGUUCCAUAUACAUCGAUUGCAGCUGUAUUUUCAUCAUUCUAUCUUGGUCAACAAUUGGAUCGGACACAGGCUAAAUGUUUGUUCAUAGCACGUUAUCAUUAUCCAAAACUUGAACGUUUAUUGCAACAAAAGCAAUAUUCUCAUUAUAAAAACCGAUUAAAAGUGGUGAUAUUCGAAAAUGAUCAAUCUGAUAAUCCGAUCGGUGGAUAUAGUACAAUCGAAAAAUUAAUUACAGCUUUUCAGGAUUCUGGUGAAAACAACAAUCGAAUCAAAACCACAGUACCAUAUUUUUCUAAAUCGCUAGAUUCAACCGUAACAAUAGUUUUUACAUCUGGAUCAACAGGCAUUCCAAAAGGUGCUUGCCAUACACAUCGAACGAUUCUGAACAAUAUGAUUCAUUUGAAACGAUUCGAAGCAAUGAAACCAUAUCAUCGUUUACCAACAUUAUUAUCAUAUCCAGUCGGGCAUCUAAGUGGAAAUAGUUUAUUAUUUUUUUUGAUGGCCACACAAACACCGAUAAUACUGUUGGAUUAUUCACAAAUUGAUCGAUUGUUUGAAACAAUAGAAAAAUAUCAUGUUGGUCAAGUAUAUGGUGCAUCCAGUGUUAUGAAUUUAUUGGCCAAAAAUCACCGAGGACAUGAUAUUUCAAAUAUUCGUUUAGUAAUGGCUGGUGGAUCAAAAUUAUCGAGCGGUACGGCUGAUAUUUUGUUCCAUCAGCUUGGUAUAAAAAUUUUGGAUGCAUAUGGAUCAACUGAAUGCAUAUUCAUUUCAGCGAAUGAUCGUUUAGAUCGAGUGCCGGAUAAUGUGGGCCAAGUACUUGGUUGUUAUCAAAUGAAACUGAUGGAUCUAGUGACUAAAGAAACCAUCACAUCACCGGGUAAAUCCGGUGAAAUUUGCUUGUGUGGUUCAAGCAUGUUUCGUGAAUAUUAUAAUAAUCCAGAAGAAAUGAAACGUGCUUUCGAUGAUGAUGGUUGGUUUCAUACUGGUGAUAUUGGCCAAUUAGAUUUGCAAGGAAACUUGAGAAUUGUUGAUCGAAUCAAAGAAUUAAUCAAAUACAAUGGCUAUUCAGUGUUUCCAGCCGAUAUUGAAUGCUGCCUGAUGAAUCAUCCAGCUGUUACAGCAAUAGUGGUAGUACCGGUUAAACAUCGUAAAUAUAAUCAGGUUCCAAGAGCAUAUGUCAUAAUAAAUGAGGAUCAGAUCACGAUCAAAGAAUUGGAAACAUAUGCCAAUGAAAACCUUGGCUAUCAUCAACGAUUACGUGGUGGUAUAAUUCAAAUCCAUGAUAAACAACUUGAAUCUACAUCAAUGGGCAAAGUGGACAGACAAUACUAUAAACGUUUUUGUGCUGAUGAAUGUCUGGAUUUUAUCGACGAUUAAAGUCAAAUAUCAAAUCGAAUCGAAAUCAAUGAAAAAGGGUCAAUUUUUUCCUCAGCCUAAUUUGAAUGAAAGUGAUAUAUAAAAAUUAAAUCUUCAGUUUGAAUAAAAUAAAAGGAGAAAAGCAAAUACUUGUUGUUGUCAUUCACCUUACACAUGAGAAACUCAAAGCCAAUAGUUAAGAAUUUGUAAAAGUUAGGUUCAAUUUGACAUGACUAGACAUAUAUAUUAUAAGCGAUAUAUAAAAAAAAGAACGGC